AAUCGCGUGCAAAUCAAACGAAUUGUAGAAAGAGAGCGAGAGAGGGGAUGGAGACGAAGGGUGCAACUGCUACUAUAAUCCCCCACGGCGGCCAGAAAACAGUCCGAUCGGGGAUGUCGGCGAUGGAAGCUUUUGAGAAGCUUGAGAAAGUGGGAGAAGGAACAUACGGAAAAGUUUACAGAGCGAGAGAGAGGGCGACAGGGAAGAUAGUGGCUCUGAAGAAGACCAGGCUUCCGGAGGACGAAGAAGGCGUCCCUCCCACCACUCUCCGCGAGAUUUCCCUCUUGCGCAUGCUCUCUAGGGAUCCACAUAUCGUCAAAUUGAUCGAUGUCAAACAGGGACAAAAUAAGGAAGGGAAGACGGUUCUGUAUUUGGUUUUUGAAUAUAUGGAUAUGGACCUCAAGAAAUUCAUCCGUAGCUUCCGUCAAACCGGACAAAAUAUUGAUCCCAAAACUGUAAAGAGUUUGCUUUAUCAACUUUGCAAGGGAGUUGCUUUCUGCCAUGGCCAUGGUGUUUUGCACAGAGACCUGAAGCCCCACAAUCUUCUGAUGGACCGCAAGACAUCAAUGCUCAAAAUUGCAGAUUUAGGGCUGGCCAGAACCUUCACUCUGCCUAUCAAGAAGUACACUCAUGAGAUAUUGACACUUUGGUACAGGGCUCCUGAAGUUCUUUUGGGUGCGACUCACUACUCAACUGCUGUGGACAUGUGGUCUGUUGGUUGCAUAUUUGCUGAGCUAAUCACACAACAUGCUCUCUUCCCUGGAGAUUCUGAGCUGCAACAGCUUCUCCACAUUUUCAGAUUACUGGGUACACCAAAUGAAGAUUUGUGGCCAGGGGUGAGCAAGUUGGUGAACUGGCAUGAAUAUCCACAAUGGAAACCCCAACCACUCUCAUCGGCUGUCCCCAAUCUGGAUGAAGAUGGCCUUAACCUGCUAGCUGAAAUGUUGAACUAUGAACCAUCAAAGAGGAUUUCAGCAAAGAAAGCUAUGGAACAUCCUUAUUUCAAGGAUCUAGACAAGUCGGCACUGUGAUUGCAUCAAAUUUGGCACAUUUCUUUUCUGAAGUUUCUACUGAUUCAGGAUUAUGGUCAAUAGUGCAUGCAUUCUUCCAUGUGGAUCAAUUGCUUGCCUCAAGCAACACUAGAGUUUUAGAUUAAGCUUUUUAUUCUCAUGUUUGGAGGGAUUUUAUUGUAUCAAAGACUACUGGCAUUAUUUACUUUAAUGUAAUGCCAUUGGCAAUUAUAUUUUACAUGCUGAAAAAGGUAACAAGGAAUUGAGCAUUAUUUACCCAAUUCCUUCUGCAAAAUCUCUGGGAACCUAUUAUCAGUGAAGCUCCCCUUUGGCAGGAGAGGCUUAAACAAACUCACUAUGUUCUA